GUGUGAGGACACACACUGCUCAACACUCUGCCACCGAGAGGCCUCUAAUCUGUGGAUUACAGGAUGGAAAUGUCAGACACCGACAAACCUCUGACCUCCUUCCUCAUUGAGGACAUCCUCUCCUUAAAGGACAGCUCGAGAUUAAACAGCAAACACGUUUCACAGAAGAUGGAAAGAUAUUCACAGUGGGGAGAAGGAGCUGAAAAGUUCUCAGAGCAACUCAGCGAUCAGGAGUUUGGAGAGCAGACAGACUGUCUGGACACAUCCUGUCCCGGCACCUCAGAGUCCAGCAGUCUCUCCUCCGUGGGAAAACAGAAGCGCUCCAGAGCUGCGUUCACACACAUCCAAGUGCUUGAACUGGAGAAGAAAUUCAACCAGCAGAAAUACCUGUCGGCCCCAGAGAGGGCCAACCUGGCCAGCACCUUAAGACUCACAGAGACCCAGGUGAAAAUCUGGUUUCAGAACCGGAGGUACAAGACCAAACGAAAGCAGCAAACGUCAGAGUUCUGCAGGGACAAAGUGGAGGGACUGGGCCUGAGAGACGAGCUGGUCCGAACUUCACUUAUAACAUCCUUCUGCAAAGCCUAUCAAUACAGACCCUACCUGUGGGACUACAGUGGUCCCUGGGGGCCCACGUUAUGGUGAAAGGGAAAGGAUGUGGAACUAUGAUUUAAGUCAUACACCUAUGUUUAGUUUCCUUGAUAUUUAGGCUAUUUGUUCACUAUUAAAGUCUUUGUUAUUUUGGCCUGAUUUGAACCCACGUGUUACAUUUACCACUGUGCCAUUUAAAAGGGUUUUGCUCCGACACAGAUUCUGUCAUUUUGUUAUAGUUUAAGAACAAUCUCAAGUCGACUGACACGUCGUUGGAAAAUGGUUUGUUGAUUCGUUGUUAAAUAAAUGUGGAUACAUUUUAUCUGAUAAGAAAUAUAUAAAUCAUAUGACUUGAGCUUAGCUUAUUCCUCACAUAUACAGUCAUAUUUUCAGUCAAUUCUGUAUUAAAGCUCAGUUUGACUCACAUUUUUAAAUAAUAAUAAUAUGAAAUAUAUUUGUAGACAUACAUAGAAGAGAAUAUGGAUGUAAAAUAGUUAUGCUUAUAGUUAUGUAGUUCUGGAGCAGCUCUGAUUAGACAGUAAAACUAGAUUACAACACAAGACAAGACAGAGAUAAGUUUGAUAUUGCAAAAUAGAGCCAACAAAAAUAAAAGCCGAUUCCCUUAA